AUGGGUGUUCAGAAAAAGACUCGCAAAUUCGCAGAGGUGAAGCGAGUUAUUGGUCGUCGCGAUGCCAGACUAAAGGAAAACAAACUCAAGGCUGAGCUCGCUCAGAGGGAGAAGGAAAAGAAGACCAUCAACGGCGAGCUUAUUCGAGAAGCGCCUCAGAUGCCCAGCAACAUGUUCUUUCAACACAAUACAGCUCUCGUUCCUCCCUACAACGUCCUCGUGGAUACCAACUUUCUCAGUCACUCGGUUCAGCGAAAGCUCUCUCUUCUCGACUCCAUGAUGGAUUGUCUCUAUGCGAAGUGUAACCCUAUCAUCACUUCCUGUGUGAUGAGCGAACUUGAGAAGCUCGGACCUAAGUAUCGCCUGGCCCUAAGAGUUGCAAGAGACGAACGAUGGACACGGCUUGAAUGCGACCACAAGGGCACCUAUGCAGACGAUUGCUUAGUCGACAGGGUGCAGAAAUCCAGAAUCUAUAUCGUGGGGACAAACGAUAAGGCGCUCAAGCAACGGCUACGAAAGAUUCCUGGUGUGCCAAUCAUGAGUGUGGCAAGGGCCAAGUACGUGAUAGAGAGGUUGCCAGGUGCGCCUGACUCCUAG